UGCAAGGUUAAAAAAUAACAAUAUACAAAUAUUUCGAGUACGUCUUUCUAAUACCCCGUAAUUAAAAUUAGGAAGCUUUGUCAAAUGUCGACGAAGUGUUUUGAAGUAAUCAAAUAUGAAAACCGUUGCGAAGAGUUACAGUGGAAUGUAAUGUUUACCGAUUUAUAUUCUGAACUACCAGGAUUCGAUUCCUAACCUCAAAGAAGAUGAAAACAUUCCAGAAAUCUGUUCAAUUAAUGGAAAAUAUGAAUUAAUCCAUUGGUUGGAUUCGCUUUUAAGCGAAUGUCAUUAUUGAAUUGUUUACAGUGAAAAUUAAUAUAAUGCCCAGAAAGUCAAAAAUGCAGAACAAUUUGCCAGUAGUGCCAGUUCAUUUGGACUCGUCAACUGCCAUUAAAAUGACAAUGGGUGGUUUGAUGUUCCAAGAAAGAUCUUUAAUGUGUCGUCUUGAUGUGUGGCAUAAAAUUACUAUAAUUCGUGGAGCAAAGUAUGAUAAAGAAUUUGUUUUGAAACUCAUUUUACAUGCUGUCGAACCAGCAGAAUUGAUACCUAUUAAAUAUCAAUUAAGUGGUGACGAUGCAGCUUUCAUUGCCCGGAAUUGUGGGGCAGCACUCGACAAGUUAUGUAAAACAAAUUUGAUCAUAAAGAAUCCACAAGGCGAUCCACUUGUGCUCGGAAUAACAUUGGGUUUUGCGUCGGUUCAUGAACUUAAAGUUAAUAUAUAUUCGUUACUGUUAACUACGUUAACCAGGCGAUACAAUCCAAAUAAUAAGAGUUUAUGUUUAGAUAACUUUCACAAUGACAAGGAACUGUCAAAAGUAGUUUAUUAUCCUCUGUCUCAAUUAAGAACAUUUACACACGUCCUUAAAGUAGCUAUGACUGCUCUUGCAACUUUUGAACAUUUAAAUCUACAAAACAACGAGCUUUUUGGUCUAUCUGCUAUCGAGAGUGCCAAUUUAACCACAUUGAAACGAUUGGAUUUAAGGAAUAACAAAUUAAUGGCAAUGGAUACUUUAACACCUUUACGGCGUUCAGCUAUUAUGGAGCUUUGGUUAGAUGGAAACCCAUUGUGUGAAAAUUAUUCUAGUCCAGUGCAGUAUAUAGAAUCUGCCCAACGAUACUGCCCAAACUUAAUGCGAUUGGACAGCGUAUACAUUGGUACACCUGACUUACCUCUAUGUUACAAUCGUUAUUUGAAGAACUCAAACUCUGCAAAAUUAGUGAACCAAUUUAUAGAGCACUAUUUUGCAUUAUAUGACCAAAAGGACAGAAUGAUACUAAAAGGACUGUAUCAUGAAAAUGCUCUAUACUCAGUGACCCUUGGGAUCAAUCCAGAUAACAGCAACAGAAAAUUUCUCAACCAUUUUAUAAUGAAUGAUAGAAAUUUAUUAAAAAUAACUGAUGCUGCCAAAAGAUAUUAUCUGCUCUAUCAGGGACAAGACAAAAUUUUAUUGGCUCUAAGAAGACUACCUCGCACAUGCCACGACAGAAACUCCUUUUCCUAUGAUUUGUUAUUUGAAACCGACACUUAUUUGAUGAUAUCUGUUGAAGGAGUUUUCAAGAACAUAAAUGUGGAACCUCAAAUGUUUUAUUUCAACAGAACUUUCGUAUUGGCCGCUGGUGAUGAAAGUGAAUACAAUAUCAUAAACGAUCAAUACCACAUUAAUUUCGCCCUUCCUGAAGGAGCCGAAAAGAAUUUUGAGUACAAACCAUAUGAAACAGAACUUGAAUCAGCAUGUCUAAGUCCAAGAGAGAAAGAAGAACUCGUCACUUCAUUUCAAGGACUUACCACGAUGAAUCAAGAUUGGUGUCGUACUUUUUUAAAGGAGUACAACUGGGACAUCCGAAAAGCAAUUACAAUGUUUAUGAAGAUAUAUUCUUCUUCUCGAAUGCCAGUUGAAGCUUUCCGCAGAUAAUAAGUCCUCCGGUUAACCAGUAUUUUAUAUUUUUAGCCUUCGAACCAAUUUUCUAUUAAAUAUAGGGAUUCCACACUCGGUGCAUCAGUGUGUAUAUCAAUAUUUAAUAAACCUUU